AUGUUCUUUGGAAAAACCCUCCGUCUGGCGCAGGCCCUGCUCAUUGUAGCACCGGCCUUCAUCCUCUUCGGUUACAACCAGGCUGGACUGGGCCCUCUGUCCACGCUGGAGAGCUGGGUCGAACUCUUCCCUUCCAUCGACACCAUCAACACCGAGGGCGCCGAAAAGUCCACCAACUCCACCCGCAAGGGAGCCGUCAUCGCCUCGUUCCAGCUGGGGGCCCUCUUCGGCGCCCUGAGCUGCACGUACCUCGGUGAGCGUCUGGGCCGCCGCAAGACCAUCUUCCUGGGCGGCAUCCUGGCCAUCAUCGGCCAGCUGCUGCAGACGGCCUCCUACGACGUCGCGCAGUUUGUCGUCGGCCGCGUCAUCCUGGGCUUCGGUAUCGGCCAGUUCUCCGCCGUCGUCCCCGUCUGGCAGUCCGAGUGCACCUCCGCCAAACACCGUGGCCAGCACGUCGUCGUCGACGGCAUCUGCAUCUGUCUCGGUUACGUGCUCUGCAACUGGAUCGACUUCGGCCUCACCAAGGUCGCCGGCGACCUGCAAUGGCGCAUCCCCCUGGCCAUCUCCUUCUUCUUUAACCUCGUCAUCAUGGCCGCCGUCUUCCUGCUGCCCGAAUCCCCCCGCUGGCUCGUCCGCGUCGGCCGCGUCGAGCAGGCCACCCAGUCCCUGGCCAACUACAAGGGCCUGUCCGCCGACGACGAGUCCGUCCGCCUCGAGAUCGCCGGCAUCGAGUCCUCCCUCGAGACCUCCGGCCAGUCCGCCUCCCUGUCCGAGAUGUUCUCCGGCAAGGACGACGAGCGCCUCCUCUACCGCUUCUGCCUGUGCAUCAUGCUGCAGUUCUUCCAGCAGAUGUGCGGCGGCAACCUCAUCUCCGUCUACGUGUCCACCAUCUUCGAGGAGAACCUCGACAUGAGCACCGACCUGGCCAAGAUCCUCGCCUCGUGCGCCAUGACCUGGAAGUUCCUGUGCAGCUUCAUCGCCUUCUUCGCCAUCGACCGGCUCGGCCGCCGCGCCGUCUUCAUCCUCUCCGGCGUCGGCAUGUCCGUCUGCAUGGUCGUGCUCGCCAUCACCAACUCCUUCGGCAAGGAGAACCACACCGCCUCCAUCGUCUCCGCCGUCUUCAUCUUCCUCUUCAACUCCUUCUACCCCAUCGGCUUCCUGGGCGGCAACUUCCUCUACUGCACCGAGGUGGCCCCCAUGCGCCUGCGUGUCGCCAUGUCCGCCAUCUCCACGGGCAACCACUGGCUGUGGAACUUCGUCGUGGUCAUGAUCACCCCCGUCGCGCUCGACACCAUCGGCUACCAGUACUACAUCGUCUACGCCGUCAUCUCCGCCUGCAUCCCCAUCUCCGUCUACCUGUUCUACCCGGAGACGAUGAACCGCAACCUCGAGGCGCUGAACCACGUGUUCCGCGACGCGCCCUCCUGCUGGGACAUCGUGUCGAUGGCCAAGCAUCUGCCGCAGGGCGAGGCGGCGGAGGUGGAUCUGGCGAUGCGCACGGCCGAGAAGGGCGCCGUGGAGCAGAAGGAGAAUGUCUAG